CGUUAUUCGAGUAAACGUAACUCAACACAUUGUCAAAUAUUUUAAUAAUUCAAAAUAAUCACUUUUGAAUAUUAUCGGCGUGCAUACGAAAUGAGAGACUGAUAAAUAAUUCGAGCUAUAAAUACACUACGGAUUAAACGUUAUAAAUUGUUAAUUCCCCAACGUAUAAAGAACAAUGGUAGUAAUUCGAGGUAUGGAAAUUGAUUGCAAAAAAAAGGCGAAUUGAUCGUAUACCACUUAAAACGUUAGAAAUAAUUCAUAUCACCAUCAUUCACGUAAUGUGUUAUUAAAUAUAAACCAAAUGAGAUAAGAACCAAUGUGUAGAUACGAAGUUCAAAUACAAUAAAACCGUAACUACUAUAAAUCAUACACCCGGCUAAAGUAAUUGAAUAUUGUGAGUGCAAAACAUUAUAAAUAUACCGUAAUGAGUGUUAUUAAAAAUUUAGCUGAGGUAUCAGCAAACGACCAAAGACUGUUUAUUAAUUCAUUUGACAUUGUUUUAUCGGAUCUGGAUGGAGUAAUAUGGCUCAAUUUCGAGCCCAUGCCGAGGGCUGGUGAUUGCGUGAAAAAUUUAAGAAAACUAAACAAGACCGUUCAUUUUGUUAGCAACAACGGACUGGCUUCUCCAGAAACCAUUUUAACUGAACUCAAUAAGGAAUGCACGAAUGUAGCGGCUGAUGAUUUGGUCGUUCCAUCGGCAACCACGGUUAAUUAUUUGAAAAAAUUAAAUUUCAACAAAAAGAUAUACGCGAUAUGCAUGCACCCGAUGGGCGAUCAAUUGAUUAAAAACGGAUACAAGGUGCUUCGUGACCCGCCAAUAACUCUCGAAGAGAACGUGAAUGCUGUUUUAGCCCACAAUGAGGAGGAUUCGGAAGUUGGAGCUGUUAUAAUGGACAAUGAUGUAAAUUUAAAUUAUUUAAAAUUACAAAAGGCGUUUUGGUAUUUAAGGAAACCGGAUUGCUUGUUUUUGGUCACUCAUAGAGAUAAAGUAGCGCCUUUCGGAGCGAAAGGACCUCUUAUAGGAAACUACCAUUUCACCGAAACUCUGAAAGAACUCACUGGAAAGAAUUACGUCGAAAUGGGAAAACCGUCUCAAACUUGCGUCGAUUUUAUAAAGGAGAAGUUUAAUAUAUCAAACCCAAAAAGAGUUUUAUUUAUUGGAGAUUCAAUCCAAUCUGACAUGCAGAUAGGGACUCUGGGAGGUUUUCAAAAAUUAUUGGUCUUAAGCGGAACCGAUACAAUAGAAGAAGUAAUGGAUUGGAAGUACCCGCAGGAAUAUAAGCCGCAAUAUUAUAUACAAGAUUUAAAGGCUUUCAAUGAAAUUAUUAUUAAAUCUUUGUUGAAUUAGUAAAAUUAUUAAAUACUAAAAAUAGAC